AUGCCGGGAUCCUCGCCCUCUCCAGUCGCUGGCUACAGUGUGGGCGGCGACGGCUCGCACUCCGCCUCCGCCAUCGUCGCCGGCGCUGUGACCGGCUCCCACGUGCUCAAGAUCGUGUCCUACUCCCGCACCAAGGAGGUCCCCAAUGGGCAUCGCAUCGACUCCUGCCGCUUCCACCUGGGAGGCACACCUGUACCCGGCAAGGCUGCGAAGGCGCAGGUCACCAUCAGCUUACUCGACCAGGACGGGAAGCCGGUGCCGUCCUACACCAAAGUCACCGGAUUCGUGGACUUCGCGGAGAAAGGGAGCUGGGGAUACCAAAAGUUCAUCGAGAGGAAAGCUCUGGAGAAAUCCGAGCAUCUCAGGGAUGACUCCUUCGCCGUCAGGUUCGAUGUGACCGUAAUGAGGGACAUCCAAGCCGUGGGAACGCCGUCGGUGGUCGUGCCGCCGUCCGACAUGCACCGGCACUACGGUGAUCUCCUGCGCAGCAAGGAGGGCGCCGAUGUCAAAUUCCGAGUCGGCGGGAAGACAUUCUCUGCUCACCGGCUUGUUCUCAUGACGCGGUCGCCGGUGUUCAAAGCGGAGCUCUUUGGUCCGAUGAAAGAGAGCACCACCACCAAGGCCAUACGCAUCGAAGACAUGGAGCCAGAGGUGUUCGAUGCGCUGCUCACCUUCAUUUACACGGACACCCUGCCAGAGACGAAGGAAGACGACGAAUGCGUAAUGGCUCAGCAUCUGCUUGUCGCCGCAGACAGGUAUAACCUGGAGAGGCUGAAGUUGAUCUGUGAAGACAAACUGUGCAAGUAUAUCGAUAAGGGCUCCGCUGCGACCAUCCUAGCAUUGGCUGAAAAGCACAACUGUCAUGGGCUUAAGGAUGCAUGCUUCGCGUUCCUAAGCUCAGCUAAGAAUCUGGAUGCAGUCAUGGAAACAGAUGGUUUUGAGUACUUGACAGUUAGCUGCCCCAGUGUUCUGAAACAGCUGCUCUCCAAAGUUGUUCCCCGUUGA